AUGACGUACUCUCUGCGCGAUCGCAAUGUCUUAGUCACAGCUGGCUCUCGGGGUCUAGGUGCCCUUGUGGCUCAGAAGUUUGCAGCAGAAGGAUGCAAUGUCGCUAUUAAUUACAUCUCAAGCAAGGAUGUCGCGGAGAAAUUGGCCUCCGAGCUGCAGACCCAGUACAAGGUCAAGGCCAUUACAAUCCAAGGGGAUGCGAGCCUGCAAAAGGAUUGUGCCAAUGCCGUCAAAACCAUUAUCGAGCAGUUUGGGGGUCUGGAUAUCAUCGUAUCCAACGCCGGCUGGACCAAAAUCACCAGAUUCGCUGAUUUGGAUGCCACAAACGAGGAGGACUGGGAUAGGUGCUGGUCAACCAACGUCAAGGGGAAUCUGCAUCUCUUCAAGGAGGCGCUCCCGACUUUCAACGCUAAUCCCGAGGGUGGUGUCUUCCUCAUGACCUCCUCGACCGCGGGCAACAAAGUUCGGGUCAACGCCGUUUUGCCCGGUCUUCUACUCACCGAAUGGGGCCAACGUUUCCCUCCUGAGAUUGUCGAGCUUUAUAAGCAGAAAACUGUGCUUAACCGAGUGGUCGACCUAGAGGACACGGCCAAUGCAUACAUUAUGCUUGCCAAAAAUUCCUCCAUGACGGGGCAAUCAAUCCAAAUUGAUGCUGGCCUCGUUAUAAAAUAA